AAUGGCAAUGACAAUCAUACAAUGACAAAAACAACAAAAAUCAGCUGAAACCCUAGAAACUAGAAAAGUACAAACCCCGAUAAAUUGAAUCGGAAACUAUUGGAGACCAAUAACAAAGUAUCAAAAGAAAAUGUUCCGAAAUGUUCUUCGUACCAGUCGCUGGCUAGCGCAGAAAAGAAUCAAUAUUUCACCAACUAUAUUUCGUCGCAAUCCGAUGAUCAAAGUUUUUCAUUCUAGUUAUAAUAUAGCAUCGAACCGUAAGUUUUCAUCAAAUCCUAGUAAUAUUGAAACCUCUGAUUAUGUUGAACAAUCAGUAUUUGAAGAGAUCUGUACCGAAACUUUAGAAUCCUUGUGCGAAUAUUUUGAAGAAAUUAUUGACCAAAACACCAAUCUAAAAGUAGCUGACGUAACGUUUAGUGAUGGUGUACUCACAGUUUACCUAGGACCAACUCAUGGAACAUAUGUUUUAAACAGGCAAGCACCUAACAAGCAGAUUUGGCUCAGUUCUCCUAUUUCUGGACCAAAACGUUAUGAUCUUGUUUUGAAAAACGGGGGCUAUUGGAUUUACAAGCAUGAUGGUGUACCACUACAUCGCUUACUACAAGAAGAAAUCUCAAAAAUUAUAGAAAAUGUUGAUUUUAAAUCAUGUAACCAUAGCCUACUAUAAUUGAUUGUUUAUGAAAGGAUAAUAAGUAAUAUAGAUAGGAAUUUUGA